AUGUAUUUUCGACUCAUCCAGCAGUACGUGUCGUUGGGACAUAUGCAAGUGGUCACAGCCGAAGAACUGGACAUCAAACCUCAGUACGUUUUGCCUCACGUGGUGAUGAAACCGGAGAGCACGACUACGAAGUUGCGCACGCUAUUCGAUGCUUCCUGUCGGUCAAGAACUGGACUUUCGCUCAACGACAUACUGAUAGCUGGACCUACUAUCCAAGACGACAUCGUGUGCUUGAUUUUACGUUUCCGCAUGUACCGUUUCGUUGUGUCUGCUGACAUAGAGAAAAUGCUCCGGCAAAUUCUGGUGCAUCCGAGCGAUCAACCACUACUACGGAUCCUCUGGCGUGGCGACAAGGAUUCGCCACUAACGACAUUCCAGCUUCUCACCGUUACUUACGGUACCAAUAGCGCUCCGUUUCUGGCGGCUUGUACAUUGCAGAAGCUCGCCGAUGAUGAAGAAUCUCGCUUCCCAGUGUCCACACCAGUCGUUCGCAACGAUGUCUACGUCGACAAUCUGCUCACUGGGGCAGAUAAUAUUUCGGAUCUGAUCGUCGUGUGUGAUCAGCUGAUUCGAAUCAUGAAUGCAUCUUCGUCCAUGGUCGUCGAAUAG